CCGACUCCUUUCCACAGCAAAACGAAAAUCAAGAAAAAAAUCAACAAAAAAGAAAGAAGGAAAACCCAUAUAUUAACGACUGCAACGAGGAGUACAACCAGUAAAAACCUCAACAGAUCUCAACACAAAAAGAGUCUUCUUUGGCCUGCAACUGCAACAGAUACCCGAGUCAGCAGCAGCGCGCUUCUCUGGGAGCGCUUCAAGAAGCGGCACAAUGACAGCGACUGCGACUGCGACAGCAGCGUCAGCAUCGGCAUCAGCAGCAGCAUCGGCGAGAAAGCAACCUGCAACAAUCGCAAUGCUCAAUGGAAACGCUUUUACGGUUAAGCGGCUCUUAGCGCUUCUCAUCAUGUUCACAGUGCUGCUGACGAGGAGUGAGGCAUUGGAGCUGGGUGACAAGUGCCAGCAUGACAUGGACUGUACGGAUUUCAUCAAGGGCUCCAGCUGCUCGGCCCUCGGCUACUGCGAGUGUGCGCCAUAUUUUGUUCAACUGAAUUCCAAGCGCUGUUUGUCAUCCCAACUGCUUGGCGGCGACUGCCAACUGAGCGAGCAAUGCUCGAUGAAGGUGGCCAACAGCAGCUGCCUGGAUGGGGCCUGCCGCUGCGUCGAGGGAUUCUUGCAGUUCCGCAAGCACACCUGUCUGGGACCUGCCCAUCCCGGUGCCGUUUGCUACAGCCAUGCCCACUGUCAAAUGUUUGAUACACGAACCCACUGCGAUUUUCUGAUUCCGAAUCUCUUUGGACGCUGCCAGUGCACGGCACCCACAAAGAUGAUUGCCGGACACUGCUGACACCCGCCGAUGUGCCCACCGAGAAUGCUGUGGGUGUCGAACAGGAGACAGAGGGCGGCCCCACUGAGGAUUAUCCCUACAAGAUCGAUGAGGAGUACACAGAGGAGCACGAGACGAGGCCAGAGCUGG